AUGCCAUUAUUUAUUGAUUAUCUAGUUGACAUAGGGAUCAUUGUUAACAAAUAUUCAAUAUCUUCAAAUAACAUUUUAUUUUCCCUCUCUGAUUAUUUGAAGAAUCUAUCAGCUUCAGAUUCCUUUGAUAUGGCAUUAAGAUUAUAUGAUAGUUGGAAAUUACAAUAAACUAAAAAGAAGAAUCCAGGAAAUCUAAUUAAAAUCCUAUCUAAAAUAGCAGUUCGAAAACCAUUCAAAAUGUUACAAUCUUAUUAAAAAAGUACAAAAAUGUAAUUCAGUCCAAAUAAAAUUCGAAAUUCUUAAAAAUCUACUAUUAGUGAAUAAUAAUCCUAUUAAUCACCUAUUAAUAAAAAGGCAUUAAGUUAAAUGGGUUUUAAUGAUACUUGUGAGAGACUAUAUAUGGAUGGAAUAAUUUAAAAAGUGAAAAAGUAUUUUUAUAAUAACUGACAUAGAGGAUAAUAUGAAUAGGAAAAAUAACAAUUAGAAUUAAAGGAAUGCACAUUUAAACCAUAAGUUAAUGUUGACACACUUAGAUAAAAUGAAAUUGAAGUUUUCGAUCGACUCUAUAAAACUUAACUAAUUAGUAAAAAUGAUUUUUCUGAAAUAAAAUAAAAAUAAGAAAUUAGUUAAUGCACAUUUACACCAUCAAUUAAUAAACAAGAAUCCAUAUCUAAUUUUUAAACUCUUGAAAAUAAGUAAAUUAUUAUCUUAAUUUAAGAUAACAACAACCUAUUUUUGAUAGAUUAUUUUAAGAAUCUAUUUCAAGAAGUAAUUUAAAACAAAGUUAUGUACCUGUUAGAGAAUAAAAAGAAUUAUAAGAAUGUACAUUUAAACCUUAGAUUUCUCAUAGAUAAUUAAAUAGAAGUGGAGAUGAUAGUAUUUAUUAUUAAAUAUUAAUAAAUAGUCUUUAAGAGAUUACAUAAUGAAUCUGCUGAAAAAUAAUAAGUUUAAGCAUUUUAACGUUUAGAUAAAGAAACAAAAUAGUUAGAAUAAUGUACUUUCAAACCAAAAAUUAAUACAAAUUUUAAUUUUUCACCAAAUUAAUAACCUGCUUUUGAUAGAUUAUAUAUGUUAUCAACUAAAUCUAAGAAAAAUCUUUUUGAUGAUAGCUAACAAAAAUAAAAUAAUAAUAAAACUAAAGAUUAAUCAUCAAUUUAAAAUAAUGAAUCACUUUAUGAAAGAAUGAAAAAUCAUGUAGAUAAAAAGAAAAGACAUAUAUAUCAUAUUAAAUAAGAAGUAGAUAAAGAACUAACAUUUAAACCUAAUAUCAAUAUGAGAUCUUAAAAUAAUAUUUAAAGCAAAUAAACUAAUAAGUACUAAUCUGUUUAGUCUGUAAAAUCAGAACCUAAAUUGAAAGCUACAUCUAAUACUUUGUCUACAUAUGUUUAUAACACUAGAAAAUCUCAAUAAGAUAAAGAAAAUAGUAAUUUAUCAAUGUAUUGUGAAACUGCCUAUUUUUAAGAGGAUUAAAAAUUAAAGUCCAAUAUUUUAGAUUUAAAAUUAUGA